AUGGAAACAGAAAAUCGAAGUACUGCAAUCACUUCCUUUGUCCUUUGGGGAUUUUCAAAUAAUUUGCCAGUGAAUCUCUUCCUCUUCUUUGUAUUCCUCUUUAUUUAUGUCCUAACUUUACUGGGAAAUAUAGUUAUUAUGGUUGUUACAAGUCAUCUCCCAAACCCCAUGUACUUUUUCUUGGCUCAUCUGGCUUUUCUUGAUAUCUGUUUGUCUUCUGUCACUGUGCCUAAGCUCUUAGAAAUUUUGACUGAAAAGCAGACAAUUUCAUAUUCUGCAUGUUUUGUCCAAAUGUUUUUUAUUCUUCUAACAGGGAGCAAUGAAGGUUGCAUCCUUGCAGCAAUGGCCUAUGACAGAUAUGCUGCCAUUUGCAAACCCCUCCAUUAUGUACAAAUUAUGAAGAAAGCAUGUUGUAGAUGGCUGGUAGGCGGUGCCUGGACAAUAACUUUUUCAUAUUCCUUAAUAAAUACAUUUUCUGCUUUGAAACUCAGUUUCUGCAGAGAAAAUUUUAUCAGGCAUUUCAGUUGUGAACUGCCAUCUCUAUUUGCAUUAUCUUGCACAGAAACACUUUCCAAUUGGAUACUCUUUUUCAUAACUGGUAGUGUCAUUGUCAUAUGUUCAUUCACUUUAAUUUUAUUUUCCUACGUUCAUAUCAUCUCCACUAUUCUGAAGUUGAACUCCACAGAAGCAAAAAGGAAAACUUUCUCUACCUGUACCAGUCACCUUAUUGUUGUGGUUUUAUAUUAUAGCACUGGAUGUUUUAGGUAUAUGAGACCCAGCUCAGCCUCCUCAAUUAUUGUGGAUGAACUCAUCAGUAUACAAUAUAGCAUUUCCACACCCAUGCUGAACCCCCUUAUCUACAGCCUGAAAAACAGGGAAGUGAAGGAAGCCAUCAAAAAGCUAAUGGGCUACAAACCCUUGAUUUCUCAUACUCUGUAA